AUGGCUACGUCGAGUCUCACCCCGGGCGUCUCUCUUGAUGAGAAUGGCAGCAUCAAACUUUUCAACAAGUUCCCUUUUGAGGGUGUUGAAGUGAAGGACAUCUCUUUGGUUGAUUAUAUCACCGUUGGUAAUGGUCAACCUCUUCCUCACACCGCUGGCCGUUUCCAAGCCAAGCGUUUUCGUAAGGCUCGUUGCUUCAUUGCUGAGCGUUUGACCAACAGCUUGAUGAUGAACGGCCGUAACAACGGUAAGAAGCUUUUGGCUACUCGCAUUGUCAAGCACGCUUUUGAGAUCAUCGCUCUCUUGACCGACCAAAACCCUCUCCAAAUUUUGGUCGACGCCGUUGCCGCUUGUGGUCCUCGUGAAGACUCGACCCGUAUCGGUAGCGCUGGUACCGUCCGUCGUCAAGCUGUCGAUGUUUCUCCUCUUCGCCGCGUCAAUCAAGCCAUCGCUCUCAUCACCGUUGGUGCUCGUGAGGCUGCUUUCCGUAACGUCAAGUCUAUCUCUGAGUGCUUGGCUGAAGAAAUCAUCAACGCCGCCAAGGGUUCUUCUAACUCUUAUGCCAUUAAGAAGAAGGAUGAACUCGAGCGUGUUGCCAAGAGCAACCGUUAA